AAAAACGUCAAAAUAUUGCUCAUUCCUUUCCCAUCUUUUUGUUUUUGGGGUAAUCAAAACCAGUAGACUAAAGGAAACCAUUUUUUUCUUCUUUCCCACCUUCAUCCAGCUAAAACCCUCUAUCCAUCUCUCAGAGAAAAUGGUUUCUGUUUCUUGCUCUUGUGCGGUUUCUAGCUUUCGCUCCGUAGAAUAUGGAGCUCCUUCCUUUUGUGCCGGAAGUCAUGUGCGACUCACUACCGGUGCGCUUCAAAGCGGACAAGGUUAUUUCCUAAACUUGAAGAAUAAAAGACCUCCCCGGUUCGCUGUUUCCGCUGUUGUGGAUGAUAAAAGUGUUGUAACCCCUAAAGAGAAGAAAGACGAAAGCGUGGUGGAUGACCAGAAGAUGGUCAAAGUUUGUGACAAGCUCAUUGAGGUUUUCAUGGUCGACAAGCCCUCACCAUCUGAUUGGCGAAGGCUGCUAGCUUUCAGCAAAGAAUGGGAUAGCAUCCGUCCCCAUUUCUACAAAAGGUGUCGGGAUCGAGCUGAUUCUGAGGAUGAUAACCCUGAGAUGAAGCACAAGGUUCUCCGUCUUGCAAGAAAGCUAAAGGAGGUUGAUGAAGACAUUCAAAGGCACAAUGAGCUUUUGAAUGUCAUCAAGACGACAUCACCUGCUGACAUUGGCCAACUUGUUUCCAGGCGACGUAAAGAUUUCACUAACGAGUUUUUCGACCAUUUGCACAUUGUUGCCGAAUCCUACUAUGACAAUCCGGAUGAGCAGACUGCUCUUGCAUCACUUGGGAAGUUGUGUAUCGCGGCUGUGCAAGCUUAUGACACUUCAACAGAAAGUAUUGAUGCACUAAACGCCGCGGAAAUGAAGCUGCAAGACAUAAUCAAUUCACCUUCUCUUGAUGCUGCCUGCAGAAAGAUUGACAGUUUGGCUGAGAAGAAUCAGCUUGACUCGGCUUUGGUUCUUAUGAUCACAAAAGCUUGGUCUGCUGCAAAGGAUUCCAACAUGAUGAAAGAUGAGGUGAAAGACAUAUUGUAUCAUUUGUACGUUACGGCCAGAGGGAAUCUGCAGAGGCUUAUGCCUAAAGAGGUGCGAAUACUCAAGUAUCUACUAUCCAUAGAGGAUCCCGAGGAACAGAUGAGCGCUCUACAAGACGCUUUUACCCCUGGGGAGGAGCUUGAAGGGACUGAUGUAGACUACUUGUACACGACGCCUGAGCAUUUGCAGAGCUUGAUAAAGACGGUGCUGGAGGCGUAUCAUUUCAGUAGAGAAGGGAGUUUAGUGAAGGAAGCCAAGGACCUUAUGCAUCCUGAGCUUAUUGCCAAAAUGGAACAACUCAAGCAGGUUGUUGAGAAGAAAUAUAUGUGAUUGAGAUUUUAAAGAUCCUAAGCUCUCUGUUGGUUUUUUAGUUUUUAUUGUCUUGUAUAUGUAUAUUGUGUUUUACAUUCUCCAGCUUUCACUACUUGUUCACAAAUAUUUGAUACCACCUUAAGGCUAAAGACAUGUGUAGGGAACGUUGAAGGUUUCCCUCCGCAGCUCUUAAUUUUGAUCUA